AUGGGUCUUAAAUCUCUUCUUUUUCUUAUUGCCCUCAUCGCUGUAAUGUGCCAUGUGCAAGCAUUUCCAAAACCCAACAAAAACCAAGAGACAAGUGAGAAGUUAAACAAUGACUCGCUUACAGAUGAUUUAAGGUUUUUGAUGUCUGUAGAAAAAAAAGAACAAAAUGUAAAAAGAAGUGAAUCUGUAAGAAGGUCAGUUAAUGGACACAGGGCUGCAGUGGAUGAUGCUGAUUCAACCAAGAACCUGAAGCCAGUGGAAUAUUUUGACUCCACUAAAAGUGGUUUGGAUUAUAAAUUUGAAGAUGAUCUUGAUGGGCUUCACCAAAUAGAUGGAACUCCCUUAACAGCAGAAGAUAUUGUUCAGAAAAUAGCAACAAGAAUUUAUGAGGAGAAUGAUCGAGGGGUAUUUGAUAAAAUUGUUUCCAAGCUGCUAAACCUUGGUCUGAUUACAGAAAGUCAGGCUUACACAUUAGAAGAUGAAGUGGCAGAGGUUUUGCAGCAACUAAUCGCUAAUGAAGCUAAAAAUCAUUUAAAGGAAUCUGGAAAUCUGGAUAAUCCAAUAAUCAGAGCUGAUGAUGAUGCAGAAGAAAAUAAGGAAAAGAAAACGGAGUUGGAAGACGAAGAUAAAAACAAAGUACAGCCAAUGGGAAAUAGUAAGGCUGAAAAUGCAGACAAUGUUUGGGAACCUUCAAGUGACUUGGAUAGAAGAAAUCAAAUGUCACUCGAAGAAAAUUUUGAAGAUCUCCAAUAUUUCCCCAACUUCUAUCGACUUAUAAAAAGCCUGAACUCAGAAAAAGAUGCUAAAGAAAAGGAAACAUUGAUAACAAUAAUGAAAACUCUCAUUGACUUUGUGAAAAUGAUGGUAAAAUAUGGAACAAUUACACCAGAAGAAGGUGUUACUUACUUAGAGAACCUGGAUGCCAUGAUAGCUGUGCAGACAAAGAAUAAGCUUGGGACAAACUCUGUGCAUCAGAAUACCAACUUACCAAUAGUGGAUAAAAGUGCUGAAGAUUCUGAUAGCACUAAAGAAGAGGCAAUGAAAACAGAGAAAGAACAUGAACCUGUGAAGGAUUCAACAAAAGAAGAGGAGACAAAAGAAUCUACAGAGAAUGAAAAUCCAGUGGGAAAAGCUGAAACAUAUUUAGAGGCAAUCAGAAAGAAUAUUGAGUGGCUGAAAAUACACAAGCCGGGAAAUAAAGAAGAUUAUGAUCUUUCGAAACUUAAAGACUUCAUCAAUCAGCAGGCGGAUGCCUAUGUAGAAAAGGGGAUACUGGACAAAGAGGAAGCAAAUGUCAUUAAACGUAUCUACAACAGCCUGUGAAGAGUGAAUGGAACGCCGUGUGUUUUAGAUAUAGACAUCCACCAUGGACAAAAAAAAUAAAUAAUAACUUUCAAAUAUAUCAUUAGAAAAUUCUCAAAUUGCGUUGCACCAAUCUAAUUAUAGGAGCAAAUGACCCUUUUUAAUACCAGUUCUAAUCAUAAACGGCAAAGCUGUCAGCCUGUGUAUUUAGAACACUGUGGCCCAUGAAAGUGACACUAAAAAACCUUGAGCUUUCAUUUCACAAUAUUGAUGUUAUAUAAACAGAUACAGAGAGGUGUCAUUGCAUCUUCCCAAUCUCUUCAACCCCUCCCUCAAAUACACCAGUAAAAGAAUUGAGAGAAAAGCAACUCUUAAAUCAAGAGAAAGUACUACAAGGCUUAAGGUACAGAACUUGCCUGAGUGUGGCUUUGAAUAUUAUUUAUUAUUAAUUAAAUUAUUUACAUAAUAAGAACAUUUGGCAACACAAAACAAACAGCUGUAAGGAUAUUAAUACAGAGACCAUAGUGCAAUGAGAUGGAGAAGAUAUUGUGCAUUAUGAUUUCACUCACUUCACCUGAGGCCUGUAACAGCAUACAGCAGUAUGACACACUGUGACACUGACAGCUGAAUAACAAAGGAAAUUAACAAUUCAGUUGAAUGUGUCUUGAGCGGCUGUACGGAAGUAGUGUUCAAAACAAUACAUAUAAUGCUCAACAAAUGUGCAUGCUGAGUCUACCUCAGUAUGCUUUCGUGGAAAUGGGCUAAGACACAACAAAGAAUACCAGGAGAAAGAAGUACAAUUUGAUAUUAGAAAAUUGAAGUGUAUUAUAUAAAAUUUCACUCUGCAGCUAAAUUGCUUUAAUUGCAAUGAAAUCCAGGGGUGCGAUUACAUAUGCGGUAUCGCCAGCAAAAACUGCCAUCGACCGGUUUUUAGUCGGGUAUUGCUAUCACAUAUAAAUGCGGCACGUAUAUAUUUCACCCGUUGCCUGCCGUUUUUACUCCCAUAAAUUAAACAUAGGGCCACGUCGCAAAUCGGUAUCACAUAUUCAGCGCAAGGACUUAUGCGGUGAAAAUCAUACUGCAUUUUCACCUCGCCACACAUAGGUAGAUUAUAGAGUAUGUGAGCACCGUAACUCCCUGAAAGUUCUAACACCUAACGCAUGCACAAUAGCUAACUGUCAACCGCCAUCUCCCCCACUGCAAUAACUAUUAAAAUAUAUUAAACCCUAAUCCGCCAUCUCCCCCCCGCAAUAACUAUGAAAAUAUAUUAACCCCUAAUCCGCCAUCCCCCCACAUCGCAAAUCUACCUAAUAAAAGUAUUAACCCCUAAAUCCGCCAAUCCCAAACUACCUAAUAAAUCUAUUAACCCCUAAUCCGCCAUCCCCCCUCAUCGUAAGGUAUCUAAUUAACAUAACUCCUAAUCUGCCAAACCCCCACAAUGCAAUAAAGCUAAUUACACUAUUAACCCCUAAAUCGCCAACCCCCCACAACGCAAAUAACUAAUUUAAUUACUAAGCCCCCUAACCUAACACCCCCUAAAUUAACCCCAAUUACCUAAAAUGAAAAAAUACUAAAUUACAAUUAAAACAAAAAACCUAACAUUACUUUAAAAAUAAAAAAACGAAGUUUAAAUUAAUCGAACAUUACAAAAAAUAAAAAAGUCUAACAUUACAGAAAAUAAACCAAAUUAUCAAAAAUAAAAAAAUUAAACCUAACACCUAUGAAAAUAAAAAAGCCCCCCCCAAAAUAAAAACACCCCCUAAUCUAAAAUAAACUACCAAUAGCCCUUAAAAGGGCCUUUUGUAGGGCAUUGCCCUAAGUUAAAGAGCUCUUUUACAAUUAAAUACUAAGUCCCCCCCAAACAGUAAAACCCCCCACCCACCAAAAUACAAAAACCUAACACUAAAAAAAAAACUAAGCUACCCAUUGCCCCUAAAGGGGCAUUACUAUGGGCAUUGCACUUAAAAGCGCAUUCAGCUUUUACAAGCCCAUUAAAACCCUAAUCUAAAAAAAGAAAAAAAAGAAAAUCCUAAAUCUUACUCCCAAAUAGACAAUUAAAAAAAAAACAAAAAAAAAUUCUUAGGCGCCGGCAGGUUCUAAACUGCCGUGACUGGCGACUCCAGAAAAAAAAAUUUAAGCACAUUUCUAGAAAUUGCUCGUUUUUGAACUACCGGCGCUGUUUAUUGGAUUCCCCGAUGUGCGAGGUGAAUUUACAGGCGACGUGGGAUUCAGCAGUCAUGCUGAAGCCUGCGCUGCAUAUGUAAUCUCGCCGCAGAUUUAUUCUUUUAGGAGUCAGAUAGUGGAUACAAUUUUAAACAACUUUCCAAUUUACUUCUAUUAUCUAAUAUGCUUUAUUCUCUUGGUAUCCUUUGUUAAAGAAACAGCAAUGCACAGGGAUAAGCUAAAAACAUAUGGCAUAUAUAUGUGCAGACACCAGUCAGUAGCUCCUGAGCCUACCUAGGUAUGAUUUUCAAUAACAGAUACCAAGAGAUCUAAACAAAUAAGAUGAUAAAAGUAAAUUGGAAAUAUGUUUAAAAAUCGCAUGCUCUCUAAGAAUCAUUAAAGACAACAUUUGGGUUUUGUGUCCCUUUAACUUCCAUGACCCUUUAAAGCAGAUAGUUUACAAUGAGGAAAAAAUAAAACAUAAGUUUAUAUUGUAUUUUAAGACAUAUAAACACAUAGAGUUUCAUAAUCACUGUGCUGUUACCUUGUACAAUGUAGCAAACAAUUUUAAGGCCAGCUGGUAUGGUAUAAACAGGGUAAUGACUACAAAUAGCUGUCAUUUAUAUAAGUGUAUCAGUAGGUAAUUCUAAAAACUUGUAUAUAGUUUUGCAAUGCUUGCAGUAGUUUUUAAUUGUUUUCAAUAAAAAAAUAGUUCUAUGUAUGAUGAAGAGAAAUAUAAUGCAAAAACAGAUCAUCAACUGUAGUGAUACAAUUCUUAAAAAGCCAUUCAUAUUCUGAUUACCAUUUUGUCAGUGAAUCAGUGAUAUUAUCCCUCACUCACAUCUAUAGCAAGAGAUUCAAACAUAAAAAAAAAAGCGUAUUAAAAUUCCAGAGCUUAAUUAUAAUUCCAGGUGUAAAAAACCCACCAGAGAAUCCUUAAAAAAAAAAAAAAAAUUCUCUCAGUAACUGAAAUAAAUUAGCAAAAAUUGUGAGACAUUAAAAUGUUUGUUUGCAGAUGAAAGAACAUGUCAUAUUUAAUUAUAAAAGAAGUGUUUAAAGGAAGGUAUUUAUUGCACGCUCUGUCUAAUAAAUUGUAUAAAAUGAUUUUGAUUUUCACAGCUUGUACUGAAGUAUUACCAUCAUUAGCUAGAACAGGAACAUAAUGCUUUAAACAAAAACAAAGACUUUCCCGACAUAUUACCUGAGCCAGCACGGUCUAGUAUUCUCAUUGUCUAACCAUCCAAAUAUAACUUAUGUUCUAUCAAUACAUUCAAUUGAUGUAUUAUGCAGUGACACACGAUCUGAAGUUUUAUUAACUGCAUAAUAGUUUCAGCUUAAAUCAGAUACUGCACGUGCAACAACAACAGUUUUACACAUAGACUAAUAUGUGAAAGAUGAAGGUUUAGGAUACAACUAAGCAUCUGAUUUCCAGUGAUGCAGAAAAAUAAAUGACAUAAUAUGAUAAAAUACUAAUAUGUAAUAAUAAAGAAUAUUUCUCAACAACUGGUGGAUGCACUUACUUAUUAGUUUAACAACAGUUCAAGAAUGAAAUGUUCUACACUUCACCAAAGCCAACAUUUAUCAAGACAAAUCAACUGUUAUUUUAUUCAAUAUUUUCUAUUAGAAUUUUGUUUCUGGCACUGUAUUUUAUUAAACCAUCUUUGCUAAA